GAUGCAUCCGAAGUGGGAGACGCCUUAUAGAAGCAUCAUUCCAUAACGACGCCGAGCGUCUUGCGUGUGCGUGUUGUGAAUCUAGUGAUACUCCUUACGAGCUCGACUCAAGCAAACUAGCAACGAGCUGAUAAGACAAAACCACAUCAGCGCAGAAAAAAUGAGUUCCCGCCGCUUCAGCAGACCACGCACACGCAUCUACGAUGUCAACUACAACAUCGGCAACAGUUAUUAUCAGCCAACAAUCGAUCGCCUGGAUCGUAAAUAUUCGGGCAGGCCAAUGAGCCCGGCACCGCGCCAGACGUCCGUCCCGGCGGACUUGCUGGAGCGUCACGAACGGGCCUUUGCCGACGAAGACCUGGAGACGGCACGCUCCAGGGCACAGAAGCGCAUCUCGGAGGCAAACGCGUUCGACGUGCGCAGCAACAUCUCCAGGGCUCUGGAGCUUGUCGAUAACGACGUGGACGAAGAGACCGCCUUAAAAUUGCAACGCAUAAGGGCUAAUAAAAAAGUGUCCGUAAUUGACGACAUCGAUCUUGAUCAGACGAUGAACAACAUCAAGGCGCGCCGCAUCAAAGACAGAGCCGAGCAGAUGCUCGACAGCGUCGGCAUCGCCACCAUCGACAACACCGAACGCAACAAGAAGCUGAAUGACAUCACGUACGCGCGGCGCGCGAUAAAGGUGACGGUGGACGCGACCGGCGGCAGCGACGCCAACGAUUUGGUCAAGUGGACCAAGUUUGACGGUGGUAUGUCGGCCGCCGUGGAGGACAACAGCGCCGCAGUACUCAGGGCAAAGAAAUCACGCGCCCGUCUCAACGAAUUAGAGGACGAGAUGACCGAAAUGGCCGAAAAGGCGCAAGUUCGCGAACGUAGGGCAGCCCGUCUCCGUCAGAUGGUUUCCGAAACAUCCGAGAGCACCGAGCAACAGACCUCCAGCGUCAGGUCCAGCGGACGCCAGAAGAGGGAAGCUAUCGAGUACUAAGCUAUGCGGAUCAUUGUACGAAGGGCAUCCGAAAGGGACGGAGAAACAAACGGGGAAUAUUCAUUACAUUAGUCUACCUUGAUUUCAGCAGCAAAUACAGUGCUAGACGACCACUGGUAGAAGAAGAUGAGCUGCCGAUGAACUGUAAUCACAAAUUUGGUGUGCUUUGCUGUAAUGAUGUUUGCGUUGUUUGUACUUCGCCUCCUUCGCUGAUUCUUUGUAUUUCGUAAUAUUUAUUACUGUAAGUUUAUUUAUUGUUGUUAUAUUCAUGACCUUCUUUGAGGUACAUCAUCAUGUACAUGCAGAAACAACUUCAUUCAUCAUCGUCGUAUGCGCAAAAAAUAGACCAUGUUAAUCCAAUGCAUUUCCUUCUUCCGCUUCCGCUCUGCUGUAAAUGUAUAUAUGUAUUGUAAAAAUAAAUUAUUUCGAGGAAUUAAUAAAUGGAACUCCACAUGACAAAAAA